AUGUGGACAGGACAACCUGCGUCCGGCCCCCCAUUCGACCACGAAAACCAUUCGGCGAGCUGCACGCAACACUUUGCGCUCUUCUCGUCUCCGUCCCCAGCAAACAGCGAACCAAAAAGCAUGUUGUCAGCGUGGGCUCACCGGCUCUGCGUCCGAGCCGUCGACGUUCUCUUCGGCACGUUCCUCUACGUACCUCUGGGCAUCCUAUUCCUCAAGAAAAGCCUCAGUGGAUUUGGGGACGGCGACUGGGACUCGUCCCAGAUACCAGACCUCCAUGGCAAGGUUGCCGUGGUGACUGGAGGCAAUGCUGGAAUAGGCUACCAUACAGUCAGGCAGCUAGCUGCGAAGGGUGCCAAGGUGUAUCUGGCAGCCCGAUCGGAAAGCCGCGCAAAGGAGGCGAUCAAGCGUCUUCGUGAGGAGAACCCCGACAUUCCCCAAGAGAAGCUGGUCUGGUUGCCGCUGGACUUGUCCAGCCAGGCCCAAGUUGUCGAUGCCGCACGCGACCUCAUGUCAAAGACGGAACGAUUGGACAUACUCGUAAACAAUGCUGGUGUUGACCCUUACAAUUAUGUCAAAACCGCCGACGGGUUCGAAAUGACAAUGGCGGUGAACCACAUUGGCCACUGGACUUUGACAUACUGCUUGCUGCCAUUGCUCAAGGCGACGGCGGCGCAACAAGGGUCGGACGUCCGGGUCAUCACCCUGUCCUCGUCGGGAGAGCGCAACCACUCGGCCAACAAUCACUUCACCACUCUCAAAGACCUGGACGACCCUUGCGCCGGGCCUGGCUGGGAGGACUCGCGCCUGGCCCAGGGGAAACGAUACGGGACGUCCAAGCUGGCCAACAUCCUGUUCGCGACGGAACUGCAGCGCCGCAUGGACGAGGAGGGUGCCGGCAUUCUCUCGUUGUCUCUCAACCCCGGCACCAUCCGGACAGAGGGAGCGGCCGAUGUCAUGCCUCUCGUCACGCAGCCAUUGGUCUGGCUCCUGUUCACCGACGCCGCCAAGGGCGCCGACACGACCAUGUUCGCCGCGACGGCCAGGGAGGUCAGGGAGAACAGCGAGCAGUGGAAGGGGCGCUAUCUCGACGGACCGGGCAGAAUCAAACCCCCGUCGCCCAAGGCGCGGGAUGCCGUCGCUGCCCGCAACCUGUGGAACAUCACGGCCGCGGCCGUAAAGGGGACGGGGGCCUUGGAGAAACUGUAG